CUUUCGAUCACUUUCCCAAGAAAAUUUACAAGAGAGAAAAAUCACAUUUUUGUUCAGUACUUUCCCUUGCAAAUGGUGAAGACAGAGCAGAGAAUCCAAUCAGACCCAUCAAAGAAGAUGUUGUCUACAUCAACAAACUCACCACCACCACCACCAACAUCAUCAUUGAAGAAGAUGAAGAAGUACAAGGGAGUAAGAAUGAGGAGUUGGGGUUCAUGGGUAUCAGAGAUUAGAGCUCCAAAUCAAAAGACAAGAAUCUGGUUAGGCUCAUAUUCAACCCCUGAAGCAGCAGCCAGAGCAUAUGAUGCUGCACUCCUCUGCCUCAAAGGCCCUUCUGCCAAUUUCAACUUCCCAAUCACCACUUCCUCCUCACAUUACAUGAUUCCUUCAGACACAAUCAUGUCUCCCAAAUCAAUCCAAAGACUUGCUGCUGCUGCUGCUGCUAACAGUUUCACAGACAACAGCAACAAUAAUGCAAUUUCCACUGCACCUGCAGUCUCAUCUCCUCCUCCUUAUUCAUCCUCAUCCUCAUCAAUCUCAUCAUCUCCAUCAAUCUCUGAUCAAGUUGAUGAUGAUGUUUCAUUGAUUCAAUCAAUUGGGUCCACCCCCAGCUACUGCUACAAUACUGAACCAAUGUCUAUGACAGAUUCAUGGUUCAACUUUGAUGAUGAUCAGAUGUUCAACAAUGGAGCUGGAGCCUCAUUAUUCAAUCCAACAACACCUAUGGUGGAUGAUUAUUAUUUUGAAGGGGAUUUUCGUCUAUGGAGCUUCGCUGAUUAAUUGAUUGAAGCAUACCCAACUCAUUCUUUUUUUGUCCAUUCAAAUCCAUUCUUUCUUAUCUUACUGACAGUGACCAAAUUAUAGGAGAAGCAGAGAUUCAAUUCACAGGAGGAGGAAACAUUUUUUUGGACUCUCUCCUGUGGAUUAUUCAAUUUUAAUUAAUUAUGUACCCAAUAAUGCAAAGUUGUGCAAUAUUAUCUAUGAAAUUAAUUGUCUUAUACAUUGUAUUUCAAUUUCAUUAAUGCCAAUUUUUUUUCUUUCUA